UUCUACAGUUGGGAAAAUGACAUUUAUUCGAGGGCAUGUCGCAGAACUGUUGCGAACUCUGGUUCUGUCCUUUGUGGUGUGGAUGGUGGUGAUCGAGCUGCUUCUAUUUGUACGCAGCUCUACCUUCUACGAGCUUCGUGAGUUUGUCUUCAAGCCAUACAAGGAGUCGAUAAGUAGCUAUGACGUGGGCACACGGACACAUCCGUGGGACGACACACACGUAGCCAGGCAACUGUAUGGGCAGGUGCGUGUGGAUUGUCUGCUGUAUUUGGAGGACUUGGACAACGGAUUCGAUGCACUGAAGGCUGAGGACAUCCGCAAGACUUGGGGCUGUCGCUGCAAUCAAUUGUUUAUAAUUAAUUCAAAGGAUAUGAGUCGUACGGCGGCGUAUCUGUGGAUAUAUCGGAAAAGCCACCAUCGAUUGGAUUGGCUGUUGAGCGUCUCCAUGGGAGCCUAUGUGAUUGUGGAAAAUCUCCGCCAUUUUCUGGCCCACUAUUCACCGUCGCAGGCGCUUUACUUCAGUGCCCAGCACAGCUUCUAUUCGUACGCUCAUGUGGGCAAAACAGCAACCACUGAUCACAUUUUCAGUCGAGGAGCACUGGACCACCUUUUGGCAGAGAAUUGCCUGCAGGACGACUCCAGCUUGGGGGCGUGUUUGGCUCGAAUGGAUCGUGGGCCAAGCGACGGGCUUUUACCAUUCAAUGUGCAGGCAGAGGUUCUGCCGUUCCAGCUGCGCACCAAGUUUUGGCUGUGGCCCUGCAUCUAUCGUGCGGUCUACGAAAAUCAGAGUUUUGAGAGCUGUUAUGGUCGCGGCAUCCUUUACCCAUACGUCAAUGCAAAUCAGUUGCAUGUCCUGGACUUUCUGCUGUAUCACCUGCGACCCUACGGAUACGAGAAUACACUGCCAGAGCUCAGGUCCGUACAUUUCCACACACACAUUCCGGCCAGGGCGAUCAAUGAUACAGUGGCCAGACGUCUUCGGCAGUCUGUGCGUGUUCUCUGCCUAGUCCUGACCUGGCCCACAAACCACAUGAGUGGUGCAAAAACCAUAAGCGAAACCUGGGGCCGCCACUGCAACAGGGUGGUCUUCUACAGCAGCUCCCCUAACGCGGGAAAGCCGGACAUUGUUGGCCUGAAUAUCAGCGAUAGCUACGAUUUGCUCUGGGGCAAGACAAAGGCCGCCUUCAGUCAUGCCUACAGGCACUAUCGCCAUGAGGCGGAUUGGUUCUUCAAGGCUGACGACGAUACCUAUGCCAUUAUCGAGAACAUGCGCUACAUGCUCUCCAGCUAUUCCCCGAACACUCCCAUUCACUUUGGCUGCAACUUUCGGCUGGGAAACGUAUCUUACAUGUCCGGUGGGGCUGGCUAUGUGCUCAGCAGGAAGGCUCUCCAGAUGUUCAUCUCCCGUGGUAUCGGCAAGUCGUUGUGCAAGGCGGGAGGCGCAGGAACAGAAGACUAUCAAAUGGGAAACUGCAUGAACACAUUAAAUGUCGCGGACGGUGACUCUAGAGACCUCUACGAUCGACACAGAUUCUUUCCAAUUGGCUUGGAGUACUUUCUCAUACCAGGACGCGCUGAGUCCAUCAAUUGGUUGAAAAGAUUUCAGACAUAUUCAUUCCAAAAGGGCAUCAAUUGCUGUUCAACCUAUUCGAUAACAAUGCACAAAGUAUCUUCCUAUGAAAUGCAUUUUCUGGAAACAAUUUUAUACAGUGCCCGUCCUUAUGGCAUCAUUAUGGGUCAUCCGACUUCUAGGGAAGUGCUAUUAAAAUAAUAAAUAAUAUAAUGAAUGU